GUUUCACUUUGAUUGUACAAUCUUCUCUCAACUCUUUUCAUUCCAUCACUCUUCAUGUCAAAUCCCCUUUUUUAUUAAUCCUCUCACCACUCAUGCUGAUUCUCCACUUUUGUAUUACUACUACUUCUCGCAGCCAUUAACACAUUUCUCUCUUUGUGUGUGUGUAACUGAUUCCCUUGAACACACACCAUACUCCAUAACUAGUAUGGUUUCUACAUGAUCAUCAGCAAUGGCACCAAGUAGUGUGGUAGUCACACUUGAUCGGCCCGACAACAUCUCUCUCAUCAAGAUGAAUGAGCAAAAUCCGGAAUCAGCAAGAUUUCAUGAGAAGCAGAAAGCUGCAAGCCCCAAGCAGUUCACUUGGGUGAUUCUGCUGAAGCUGCAGAGGCUUCUGGCUUGCAUUCCAUGGGCAGCAACGAGCACGUGGGCAGCUCUCCGGUCGAUCAAGAAGCGUGUAGCCUCCUCUGAUCCGGAGGAUCCGAGGUACAGAGGCAGAUUGUACAUGUUCAUCAAAGCAUUCCUUGCUCUCUCAUUGAUAGCCCUUGUGGUGGAGACUUUUGCCUAUUUCAAGAAUUGGGAUUUGAGUUUGGUGAAUGUUUAUCAUCCAUGGGAGGUUGAGAGCCUUGUGCAGUGGUGCUACAUGUCUUGGAUGAUCUCAAGAACUGACUAUCUUGCUCCUUUCAUUGCUGCUCUUUCUAGAUUCUGUGUUGUCCUCUUCAUGAUCCAGUCGUUGGAUCGCCUCGUGCAGUGCUUGGGAUGGUUUUGGAUUAAGUUCAUGAAACUGAGGCCUGUUUUGGAAAGGGAUGAUUGUGGUGAUGUUGAGGAUGAUGGGAUGAGUUUUUAUCCCAUGGUUCUUGUUCAGAUUCCUAUGUGCAAUGAGAAAGAGGUGUAUGAGCAAUCAAUUGGUGCUGCUUGCCAGCUUGAUUGGCCCAAGGAUCGGUUUCUUGUCCAAGUCUUGGAUGAUUCAGACGAUGAGCUCUUGCAGCAUCUGAUAAGGGAUGAAGUCGUGGCGUGGAAGGAGAAAGGAGUGAAUAUAGUUUACAGACAUCGGUUUAUUCGGACAGGUUACAAAGCAGGCAACCUCAAAUCCGCCAUGGCCUGCGACUAUGUUAAAGACUACGAAUUUGUGGUCAUAUUUGAUGCAGACUUCCAGCCUAAUCCUGACUUCCUUCAACUAACACUACCACAUUUUAAGGGGAGGCCGGAUUUAGGCCUUGUUCAGGCGCGUUGGUCAUUCGUGAACAAGGACGAGAAUCUGCUGACUAGGCUUCAGAACAUAAACCUAUGCUUCCAUUUUGAGGUGGAGCAGCAAGUGAAUGGCCAUUUCCUGAAUUUCUUCGGGUUCAAUGGGACUGCCGGGGUGUGGAGGAUCAAGGCCUUGGAGGACUCCGGUGGCUGGCUUGAACGGACAACAGUCGAGGACAUGGACAUAGCUGUCCGUGCUCACUUGCACGGAUGGAAAUUCAUAUUCCUCAACGACGUUAGGGUGCUCUGUGAGCUGCCAGAGUCGUACGAAGCCUACAAGAAGCAGCAGCAUCGCUGGCAUUCCGGCCCAAUGCAGCUCUUCAGGCUAUGCCUCCCUGCAAUCUUAACUUCCAAGAUAUCGGGUUGGAAGAAGGCGAAUUUGAUCUUCCUAUUCUUUCUGCUAAGGAAGCUUGUGCUUCCCUUCUACUCAUUCACACUCUUCUGCAUCAUUUUGCCACUAACCAUGUUCAUACCCGAAGCUGAGCUGCCGGCCUGGGUGAUAUGCUACGUCCCCAUUGUCUUGUCGAUCCUCAACAUCUUACCCGCGCCCAAAUCCUUCCCCUUCCUCGUGCCAUACCUACUCUUCGAGAACACUAUGUCAGUCACAAAGUUCAAUGCCAUGAUCUCUGGCCUAUUCCAGCUUGGAAGCGCCUACGAAUGGGUGGUGACAAAGAAAACCGGGAGGGCAUCAGAGUCGGACCUAAUAAGCCUGGCUGAGAGGGAAUCCAAGAAUCAGGGCGAGGAGAAGAUCCAGCGGAGGCUGUCUGAAUCCGGCCUAGAGAUGCUGGAGAAACUGAACGAGCACAGGGCGCCGGUAGUGAGGAAGAGGAACAGGAUUUAUAGGAAGGAGCUUGCACUUGCUUGCCUUCUGCUGACUGCAGCAGCAAGGAGUUUGUUGUCUGCUCAUGGUAUUCAUUUCUAUUACUUGCUGUUUCAAGGGAUGUCUUUCUUGGUUGUUGGGCUGGAUUUGAUUGGAGAGCAGGUUAGUUGAAUCCUAGAAUGUAAUAACUGUUAUGUUCUUUUUCUUCUUUUUUAUGUGUAAUGAUGCUUAUAGAUGAUAGUCCAGUUCUGAAUAAGUGGUAAGUGUAAGCUUCAGUUUUCAAUUGGAUUUUAUGGAUAGUGUUAGCAGAGGUAUAGAUAUGAUUCUUUCAAUUGUAUGAUAGCCAAGGUUAAACAGUAUUUUGGAAUUAUUUAUAUAUAUAUAUAUAUAUGUAGUAUUCAAUUUAAA